AACCCAGCCGCAGUUUCUACGGGCGUAUGGAAAAAAAAAAUACCAUAUGCUUGCCAAUACCGCCAGAGCCCAGAACAAUAGGACCAUCGGAGUAUCAUGCUGACACGGAAAGUUCAUCUGCAGAGACGUUGGCUGAAUAAUAUGUGGCGCCACGAGCUAAUACAAAAAGAUGGAGCACUGGCCUCUGGCAGCGAUGACCACGAGCUGCCAGAUUACAACGCCAGUCCGCACAGCUCGCCUCCCCAACAACCCCAACCGCGUCCCCCGGCCGUGGGUGCCGUUGCCGGCCUUCUCCAAAGCGCGUCGCUAGCUGCUAGUCUCUCCGGCAGAGACGAACAACGAUGGGCCGGAAGCGCGCGGUGCUGGUGGGCAUCAACUACCCUGGCACGGAGGGGGAGCUCAAGGGCUGCCUCAACGACGUGACCCGCAUGCGCCUCUGCCUCGUGGACCGCUUCGGUUUCGACGAGGCCGACAUCCGUGUCCUCGCCGACGCCGACCCGUCCACGCCGCCGCCCACGGGCGCCAACAUCCGGCUGGAGCUCGAGCAGCUCGUCGCCGGCGCGCGGCCCGGGGACUCCCUCUUCUUCCACUACAGCGGCCAUGGCCUGCAGCUGCCCGCCGAGACCGGCCUCGACGACGACACUGGCUACGACGAGUGCAUCGUGCCAUCCGACGUCAACCUCAUCAAAGACCAAGAUUUCACGGAGCUGGUGCAGAAAGUCCCCGACGGCUGCCUCUUCACCAUGGUGUCCGACUCGUGCCACAGCGGCGGCCUCAUCGACAAGACCAAGGAGCAGAUCGGGAGCAGCACCAAGCAGAGCAAGAAGGCCCAACAGCACCGCCCUCCUUCCUCCGCCCCCGGCAAGCUUUGCGCCACGCUCGUCGACGCUGUCCGGGCCGCGCUCGAGUACAUCGGCAUCCGCCUCCCUCGCCGCGCCACGGCCACGGCCACGAGCCGGUCUCUGCCCUUGCCGACGUUCAUCCGGAUGCUCAGGGAGCAGACCGGCAAGGACGACGUCGCCGUGGGAUCGAUCCGGACCACGCUGUUCCACCACUUCGGGGACGACGCCACGCCCAAGAUCAAGAAGUUCGUCCAGGCCAUGGCCGGCGGCAUGCUUCGGCAUGGCGCAGCCGCCACUGGCACAGGGCUGAUACCCAACGGCGUCAACGCUAAGCCGGAGGGCGACGAAGAAGGAGAUCAGGCCGACGCGCUCGGCCCAGCCAUGAAACAGGAGCUGCUCCAGAGCGUGGAUGAGGUGUUCGCCCGGGCCGUGGGGGUGCCACGGCGGCCAAGGAACGGCGUGCUGAUCAGCGGGUGCCAGACCGACGAGACCUCGGCGGACUUGACCACGGCGCAGGGCGCGUCCUACGGCGCGCUCAGCAACACCAUCCAGGCCGUCCUCGCCAAGGAGAAGCGCCGGAAGGUGACAAACAGGGAGCUCGUGCUCAGAGCGCGGGAGUUGCUGUCCAAGCAGGGCUACGUCCAGCAGCCCGGACUUUACUGCAGCAACGAGCAUGCCGAUGUGCCUUUCAUAUGCUGAUUGCUCAACUGUCGGUCCAGUGUUGUGCAUAGCGACUGAUGGUGCCUUUACUCAUUGAUGGGAAAUUCUCCUCCGGGUGCCAAUUUUGGGUUUGGAUUAUAUUUUGGUGGUACUUGCAGUGAUUUGAGUUUUCAACUUAGCAAAAAGAUUCCCGCAAAAAACAAAGAAGCAGAAGACCUUUUUGUUUUGUUGUUGAAUUUGACACAAAGUAACCGAAGGCUGAGGAAAAUUGACAGAA